AUGGACGUUCACCUCCGCAACGGGGUCAUCAACGCGCUCCACCUCAGUGCUGAAGGCGAGGCCGACGCGGAGAAGGCCUUCUUCGUUGCCGAUCUCAGCUCUGUCUACCGCCAGCACGAACGUUGGCAGAAGAACCUGCCCGAGGUUGAACCCUUCUAUGCGAUCAAGUGCAACCCCGACCCCUACGUCCUACGCCUUCUCGCCGCGCUCGGGACUGGUUUCGACUGCGCCUCCAACGGCGAGAUCAACAAGGUCAUGGCUCUCGGGGUCAGCCCCGACCGCAUCAUCUUCGCCAACCCCUGCAAGGCUACGUCGUUCAUUCGCUCCUCAGCCAAGGCCGGAGUGGACAUGAUGACGUUCGACAACACAGACGAGCUUCACAAGGUUGCGCGCACCCAUCCCGGCGCCAAGCUCGUCGUCCGCAUUCUCACGGAUGACUCGAAGUCGCUCUGCCGGCUCGGACUCAAGUUCGGCGCCCCGUUGGCGAGCGUGCCCGCGCUGCUUGUGAAGGCCCGCGAGCUCGGGCUCAACGUCGUUGGUGUCUCGUUCCAUGUCGGCAGCGGCUGCUACGACCCGAACACGUUCAUGGACGCGCUCAUGCGUGCACGGUCCGCGUUCGACAUGGGUCGCGAUGCCGGCUACAAGUUCACCCUGCUCGACAUCGGCGGUGGGUUCGAGGAUGCGACGUUCGAGCGCAUGGCCGCGGUCAUCAAUGAGGCAAUCAACGUCUACUUCCCGAACCGCAAGGAGGAGGGCCUGAGGAUCAUCGCAGAGCCUGGACGCUACUAUGUCUCCAAGGCGUUCAACCUCGCCACGAACAUCAUCGCUCGCAGGGCGCCCCCCGCGGCGGACGACUCGGACCUCGCUGACCCGGAACAUCCCAGCGUGAUGUACUACAUCAACGACGGUGUGUACGGGGCCUUCAACUGCAUCCUCUUCGACCACCAGACGCCCACGCCCUUCGUGCUCUCCCUCGCGGGCUCCUUCCACGUCCCGCAGGGCCUCCCCCUCCGGGCGUCGUCCGUCUGGGGCCCGACGUGCGACUCGCUCGACUGCGUCUGCCCGGUGACGCCGCUGCCCGCCGCCCUCCAGGUCGGGGACUGGCUCGGGUUCGAGAACAUGGGCGCGUACACGGUCUGCGCCGCGUCCCAGUUCAACGGCUUCGAGGUCUCCAAGGUCAUCUACACGACAGGCACCGGGCCGGGGGCGAAGGAGGUCCGCGACGCGCUCCGCCAGUUCGAGGGCGACGCUCAGGCGUGA